GGAAGCCAGUGUAGACUACGGAACACUCUCGUUUUCGUUAACUUUUAUUUAGAAACAUCAGAGAUGUUGAAUUUGAAGAAAAAAUAAAAUCUGUCUCAUUAUUGGAUAGCAUGGUCUGCACCUUGGUGUUGGAAAAUAAAACCCAUUGUUUUCUACGCGCUAUUACGCACAUGACGUAGCCUAGCAGGUGAGUAGCCUAUCAAUUCUUAGGGUCUGACAAGACCAAUUGAAGGACAGGGAUUUUCUUCUUCUCAGCCAGGCUAGGCUGUAUUUUGCCCUUAAGAAGUUGAAAUACUCCCGGAAGAGUUAAACAAGAUGUGUGACAAAAGCAGCAAUGUCUCUGGACAUGAAGACGUUAUCAGGUCUGAGACUCAUUUGAACUCUCCAAAGGGCGGAGCAGCAUCACCUCCUGUCAGUAAACACCCAAAUGGUGAUGGAAUGAACUGUCCCUCCUCCUCCUCCUCCAACUUUAAAGCGCCAAGCCAGUUUCUCGAAAGCCUGAGUGCGCGACCACUCCCCGGAGCCUUGAGCGUGUCCACACGCAGAUCGAGACUUCAGAGACAGCAGGAGAUAUGUGAACCAGGCAGCGUCUCACAGACUUUAUCAGUGGAGACAUCUACCAAGGGAAGCAUCACACCUGUCAUGCGUAAAAAAUACCUGAAAGAAUUAUUUCUGAAUAACGGUUUGCAUAGCGGCUUUGGUAGUAUCCUGCUGUCUUCAAGAACUUCAUAUGCGUCAUCGGGAGGCUACGAGGAGAAUGAUCCAUCCUAUGCUGAAGGAGGUAAUUACAUUUCAUGGGCUCUUGAUCCUAUGGAGCACGCAUGGAUUUUGUCUGUUAUUGAUGGAAACCUUGAGACAAUAAUGACCUACCUCUCUUCGGAUCUGACUCUUCUGACUAGAAAAGACUUUGUCAGCGGUUUCACUGCUCUCCACUGGUUAGCUAAGUAUGGGAAAGAUGAAACUAUCAUUAAACUAUUGAAGUAUGCAGAAGAAGAGGGCUGUCAUGUAGACGUCAACUUGAAAGGUAGCGGGGGUCUAACGCCGCUUCAUGUGGCUACUAUGCACAGUCAGUUUAUGGUGGUGAAAAUCUUAGUCGGAGCUUUUGGUGCAAAAAUCGAUAUCAUGGACUACAAUGGACGGAGAGCGUGGCAAUAUCUUAAGUGCAACGCCCCGAUAGAGAUGAAGGAGCUACUGGGAGCCUGGGAUGACGAGCACGCAAGCGUUGGGGGCCAAAACGCGAACAACAACAGCUCGGGAGCAGCAGAGGUGAUAAAUAAUGCAACUAGCAAGGAGGAGGAACCAAUGGAUACUUUUGACAGGAGAAAUGGUGGCUGGCGGUUCGGAUCCUUCAAAAAGUUUUUUUCUCCGCUUUUCGUUUUUGUUAAUAAAGAUAAGGCAGACUGACAUGAGGAGGGGUGGUGGCUGUAAACCCAAAUGUGAGAGGUUUUAUAUUGAUACAAUUUGAAACAUUAAAGAUUAAGCUCAAUCAUUACAAAUAUUUUUUGUAUUGAACAGAGAUGCGUGGGUAGCCUAUGUGGUUAUUGUACUUGCACUAUACACUUAUGCAUUUUACUCAGUAGCCUACAUUUAGAGGAAUGCCUCAAAAUGCAGUUCUCAUAAUGGUGUAUGGAGUUCUAACGAUUAUGUGGUCUUGAACAGGACAGCUCCUAAUGCACAUUCAAAGGUCAUAAGGGCCUUUCGAUCAGGCUCAGUUUGGUCAGCAUCGUUUCACAUAUGGUCAAGCCAACACUACACUGGUACUCAUGUGGAUGCUAGCACAUGAGUUCUGAUUAAACAUCUUCACACUUGCAGAUGUACUUAUGAUUAGAUAGUGAAUGUCUUCGCACACAACGAAACGCGUCCCGUGGUUUGAGCAUCAUGUCACGCUUUCUUCCACAAGUUCCAGUCCACAAUUUAUGGAAGAUGGUCCUGAAACAUAUCUACCAAUCACAUUACACUCCACACUUGCUCACUUCUAAAUCCUGUUGACAUUCAAAGGCCUUUAUAACCUUUGCCCAUCAUGCUCACCGUAAUGGGAGCAAAGGCCUUUUCCGAUGCUGCACCCAAACAGUGGAACUCCCCCCACAUCCACGCUCUCGAUUCCAUCCCAAUACAAAACCGCUCUUAAUCGACCUUUUCAAUAUAGCUUAUGGACUUUAAUGUGCUCCUCCCCCCACCUUUUUUAAUUUUUUUUAUUUGUGUGCGCUGAUUAUUUUCCACUGUGUUUAUGUAAAGCGGCAUUGGAUGCUUUGAAAGGCACUAUGUAACAAAUAAAAUGUAUUAUAAUCAACGUUUCUAUGCACCCAAUCUGCUAUAAAUAGGACUAUGUGCAUGGGACA